UAAUAAAACAGCUUUGUAUCGAAUAUAGACGCAGUUUAUGCGAUGUUUAAUUCAACUUAAUAAGUUGUGUAAUAUAUGAUAUGAAUGAAACCAACAAAUACACUGAAGAUAUUCGUCCAUUAAAAACUUCAAACUUUUCAAUGACUUAUCCCCACAACAGGUGCGCGUUCAUAAAGCAGACAGCACUUCCUGAAGGCGUGACGAUAGAUUCAUCUGAAAAUGGGAUACACAAUUGAAAGUAUUCAUAAAUUUCUGGUGACAACCACCUCACUAUGGUCUUUUCCAUUGUUCUGUGCAUACCUCAUCAUGAUUAUGCUGUCACCAAUGUACCAAAGAGUUACUUCCCCUCUGCAAAUGAGACCAAUCCUGAUUAUCCACAAUUUUGCCUGUAGUGCUGCCAGUCUGUACUCCAUGCUGGGGUUACUGUAUGGCCUGUCUCAGAGUGAUUCAACAUUCCAGAAAGGCCCCUCUGAGUUGAUGAUACCUUUCUUCAGGAUUUAUUGGAUAACUAAACUUGUUGAGCUCCUAGACACUGUCUUCAUGAUGCUACGCCACCGUCGACGACAGAUCAGCUUCCUGCAUGUGUACCACCACUGCUCCAUGUUGCUGCUGAGCGAUGUCACAUACAACAUGUAUCCCUGGCCUUGUAUAGCAUUCUACUUCGCUAUCAACUGCUUUGUGCACAUCAUACUCUACCUUUACUACGGUCUCAGUGCCUCAUUCCCAGACAAGUCUUUCCCUUGGAAGAAACAUAUCACACAAUUGCAGCUUCUACAGUUUUUUAUAGGAUUCAUUCAUGCAACUAUUGGGUAUCUGUAUUAUGGUUUCUGUAUCUAUGGUAUAUUUUACGGAGUGUCUAUGACAGUUCUAUUUUCAAACUUUUAUUAUAUAGCAUACAUAAAGGGAAAAAAUCCUACAAAAUUACACAAGUCUUAGGCACAUUAUAGAGACUGGGGUACCAGCAUUUUUCUGCUCAUGUAAAAAAAUUAACAGUUUAUAACUAGAUACUCAUAAACCCUAUACAUGUAGCAAAGAUUACACAUGUAUUUUUUAUGAAUCAGAGAUGAGAUUAUUUCUUUGUUUUUAUCAAUUCUAAGUUAUUCAAAAGCAUGGCCUCUGUUGCUUGUUUGUAAACUUUUUAUUUGAUAAUAAAAGCAAUAUUAUUACAAGGUAGUCUAGACCAGAUCAAUAGGAUUUGACAAUUUAAUUUCUUUUAAAAUUAAACAUUGAUGGUUAAUUACAUGAGAGCACAAAGUGCAUGGCCCACUGGGAUCAGAGGGCUGUAAUCCAAUAUUCCAAUUAACAUUUUGAGUGCUUUUUGAGUGGAGUGAUUUUAACCAAAAAUGAUUUGAUGUUGUGUAUCCUUGGUUGAGGGAAUUAGUGCGCAGAAGAUAGAGUACAUGUAUAAAGGUUUAGGGCCAAGUAAUGUAAAUAGGACAGAGUAAAGCCCAAAAGGGUUUGAGGCAUAUUGUAGGAAAGGCUAUACAUUUAAGAUUUAACUUCACUAACUAUACAUAGAGGAUAACUUCAAUAGCUCACAUGGCAAAAAGUACCGGUGAGCUUAUGGUAUGGUGCAAGAGUGGGCAUCCGUUUUCCAGCUUUCGUCCGUCCAUCAGCUUUUGACUUCUUCUAGAAAACUAAAAGAAACUGAGAACUGAUAUUUGGCCAAGAGGUACAUGUGGAAGAAUAGCUUUGACCUGUUUUUAAGGUCGCAGGGGUCAAAUAUGUUUAAAACUUCAAGAAUCUUCUUAAGUUCCAUUAGGCCCAGAGGCCUGAUAUUUGCCAGCAGGUACCUAGGGAACACUGUUAUAAAGGUUCAUCAUAUAAAUUACCUUGAUCUGUUUUCAAGGUUACAAAGGCCAAAAAGAUAUAUCCAUUUGUGAAUCUUCUUCUCAAGUUCUACCCUGGGCAGUCAUCUUUUUGCAAUAGGUUGCUGCUAUGGACUGAUAUGGAAUUUUCUUAUAUGUGUAAUACUUUGCCAGCAGGCAACAAGGAUCGAGUGCUAUGAAGAUUCAGCAUGCGAAUGACCUUGGCCUAUUUUCAAGGUCAUCAUUGUGAAAUAUGAAAUAUGUGACCAUGUACACUAUGUGUACUAUAUGGAAUCAACAACAUGCUUCCCAUCACACUUCACAUGGCUUUAUGUAAUGGGUUUCUCAUUGUUUAUGUUUAAUUUAACAAAAAUACCCAACAGAGGUAAUUUUUGGUAUUCAAUACCAUUAACUGACUUGGACAAUGUAUUUAUGCCAAACCCUACAUUAUGAUCCACCAAUGCAUCAGUGGAUCAUAUCACUUCUGUUAGAAACAAAAUAUACCACUUUCCUUAACAUCACUAACAUAAUUAUUAUGGUGAACACGAAAAUUGGAAAUAGUAAUUUUGCUGUAAUUCCUAACUUAAUUGCCAUGUGAGCGAUUCAGGCCCUCUUGUUUUCUAUUACUGUUCUUUUCAAUUUUUUGAUAUACAUGUGCCAUAAGAUGCAAGGAAAUACUAUGUCAGUUAUUUAGGUCCAUAGCUUUUACAAGCAGUCAAUAUCUAUUUGAUGUGAUGGCAUAAUUAUCUCAUUCCCAGUAUUAUACCUCAGGAUUAUGUUGUUUCAAGAUAUAAAUAAAAUAUUUAUGUAUUUUCACAUUUUUCACUUUCUCAGAACUGCUUUAUUUAUGUAUCUUAAGAGGCCUAAUCCAUAUAAAACACUGUUAGUACCAAUUUUUCACAUGAAAUAUAUUUUUUGUAAUACAAGCUAUGAUUGGACCAUUGAUAUGUUCUAUAUUUGUAUGUGUUCAACACAACAUGCUAUUGAAUACCUUCAUUUCAUUGGAAUCAUAUUGAUAUGACUCCAAAUAAAGUUCACAGACAAAUUCAUUUUUGUCUCAUAUCACUUGUUAUCACUUUAGCCCUACUUGACAAGUAGUUUUUGAAGGAAAAUGUAAAGAUAAAUGAUUUGCAGUGGGAUAAACUGAAUGAUUUAAUCUUCAAAUAGAUAUUACUGUGAGUGUGAUAUUCAGUACCAAUAUUUGUUAUUGUUAUGUGAUGAAUUGAAUUGUUAUUAUUUUAGUUACACUAAUUAAGUAAGUAAAUUUUAAGUGUCUCAGUAUCCAAGUACAUACAGUAAUACCCAUGUAUAAUGUUUCCAUGAACUUUGAAACCACUCUUUAUGUUUUUUUGCUUAAUACUCAGGGCAAUUUUUAGCAAGUCCUAUAAUUUGAAUAUUAUGAUAGCCAGAUACUUACCUUUUUGUAAAAUAACAUUUCAGACAUGUAGCUUUUUUUGUUAAUCUCUUGUUUUACUUUUCACACAAUGGCUUUGGGACGGUUUGCUGAAGUAGUAAACUGAUAUCGUUCAUUUGAGUUAUGCUUGAAUUGUGGUGAAGUUUUCCUUAAAAUUCAGCAGUGCAUUAUAUAAAGGGGAUAUCAAUCAAACCAUUUCUGUUGAAAUAAAAACU